AGCAAAGGGCAGCGGGACCAGCACGGCCCUGGGGACAUCAAGACACCGAAGAGACCAUAGGGAGGAGGAAGAGGAGGGUAAACCCAGGCUGAAGGAGGGAUGGCAGCCACCACGGUGACCGAUGCUGGAGGAGUGAGGAUCAUCACCGAGGUCAUCCCGGCCUCAGACCCCCGGGUGGCCCAACUGACCUCCAGCUCCAGGCCAGCAGCACCCAACGUGUCAUUCCAAGUCCAAAACUUCAGAAGGGCUCAGCCCAAGGCGCUGGGGACCAUCCACAUCCUCACCGGGAUCAUCCACAUCUGCUUCGGGAUCAUCCUGACGGCAUCAGAGCACAGGAAACCUUCCCUCCCUGUGGCCAGCGGGGUCCUCUUCUGGCUGGGGCUCCUGCUCCUGGUCUCAGGGUCUCUGUUGGUGGAAAGUGAAAAGAGAGACAGCAUCCUGCUGGUGAAGACGUGCUGUGUGUUCAAUGCUGGCGUCAUCCUGAGCACGCUGGUGGCCACCCUUGUCCACGCCACGGCCAUCACCCGCAACCCGCCGGGCUGCGAGCGCAACGCCAUGUUCCAGCUGAGACACGAGUGGUGCUUCCACGUGGAGGACAAGCUCCUGAGCAAUGGGUUGGAUACCCUGCUCGUGGGCUUCAUCCUGCUGGAGUUCUGCGUGGCCGUGGCGGUGCUGGCUUUUGGGUACCACGCCAUCAAGCAGCACAGCUACACCCGCAUGGUGAUGUAGCCAUGGCCAAGCCUGAAGCCACCCGCUAAGAGCUGCCCCGGGGGAUGCUCCCCGGUGCCCGGCGGCAGUGGGACCGGUGCCCGGGAGCCCUCCUAGCCCCGGGGCAGGGCACCACUGCCCUCAGCACCCCAAUAAAGGCUCUUUAUCGCAUUGACA